AUGGGGACAGCUGGUUAUUUGCGAUCUGGAUCGGUCAGUCUCACUGAGGAAUCAUCCAGCCGGAGAUCUCCAGGGCUCCCGAGGUACUGUUCGAUAUGGAUUGGGGGCUCGAGUGCUGAUAUCCGGGGUCUUGGUGUCAUGGUAUGGGAUAUCUUUGAAGACAGAGAUCUGUUCAACGCACUCAACGAAGAUGAGGACUACUCGCCCUCGCAUCAUGUGGCUGAGAUGGUGGGGUGUCUUGGGCUGCCGCCUGUGUCCCUUGUUCGACGGAGUCUGCAGACUCGCAAUGAUUUUACGGAUGAGGGUAACUGGCUGGGUGCGGGCGGUGUUUCUGUCCCCGCAACUUUCCUGCAGGGGGUAGAGGAGAAUCUUAGGGGAGAAUCAACAGAUGUUUCUCGAGUUUAUACGGUUGAUGCUGCAGUGGAUCCCUGA